AAUAAUUAUUUAAAUAUGCUGCAGUGCAAAUUGACCCAAAAUUUUCGUGGCGAAGAGAUUUUGCUGCUGAUUGUUUUAUGGUGAAUAAUUUUUUUACUACUUUCAAUUAGCCCUACUUGGUUGAAGCUGAAUAUGGCCCUGGCCUCUUAUUUAUCUUGGUUGUCAAAUAUAUCUUGAAGUUUAUUAUCUGGUGCAAAAAAUGUUAUUAAGCAUAAAUGCAAAUCAAGGACAGUUUCUUUGAUAUCUGUUAUUAUGUUAAUUCAUUAAUUUUCUGUUGUUUACUUGUGUGUGUCCUAACCAAAGUGAAAGAUACAAUUCGAAUAUAGUGGAAGAUGAAACCCAUGUUGUUGCUUUUUCUAUAUAAUUUUCUCAUCCUAUAAUUUUUUUUGUCAAGAGUCAUUUUUUAAUUACUUCAGCAAAUAUGGAGAAGUAACAGAUUCUGUGAUAAUGACAAAUAAACUUUAUGGAAGGCCACGGGGGUUUGGCUGACUAAUGCACCUUAUGGCAAUGUUAUUGAGUGCCAAAUCAUGCUAGAUCACAAUACUGGGCGAUCUAGAGGCUUUGGAUUUGUCACUUUUGACGAUGAAGAUUCAGUUGAAAAGGUUUUUUCAGGGGGAAAAGUUCAUGAAAUUGGAGGCAAGCAGAGCUGAGCCCAACAAGAUCUGGGGUUGAUUACUGCAACACCUCAAGAAAAGUCAUAUGAUGGUUUUGGCAAUGGAAUGGAUGGAUAUGGUGGGAAUAGUUCCAGAAAUCGUAAUCAUGGAAAAAGAGGUGGACAGUAUACAGAUUCUGAAAUGAGCGGAGCAUUUGGUCAUUUUGAUGGGAACUUUGAGGGAAGUGCUGCCACUGUUUAUGGUGGCUAUGGAUUUGGAUAUGGUGGGCCAAUGUAUUGCUUUGGUGGUUAUGGACUCAAUUCUUAUGGUAAUCCUGGGGGUUAUGGUGGCGGCAUUUCUUCCUAUGAAGAUAGUGGUGGCUAUGACAGCGGCAAAGUGGCUAAGAAGGAUGAUGGUCCUACGUACAACCAUCCUUACUGGAAGUGAUUUGCUAUUGAAAGUCAGCAGAAAAGAUAUGGCUGCAAAGCAGUCUUCUGUACCACCCCUCAGGUUUGCUAUAUCAUCAUUCAUUCAGAUCAGAAGUAGGGGAACAAAAAGUAUAUAUGUUGUAUCUAAUGGGUUUUGCAAAACUUUCUUGGAACUUCUUUGAUAAGGACUGGCUAAUUUCUAGAAGCGUCAUAUAUUGAAAGAUCCCUGGACACUGGUAAAUUAGCUACCAAAAGUCCAAAAUCACACAAAUUUAUAUAUAUGUGUCCUGUAACUGUUGAUGAUUGAUUACAGUCGUUUGAAUUGUUUCUAAUAGCGAAACUUCAACUUUUUAUUUCUCCA